AUGGCAGCCCAAGUCCACGGAACUUGCGAUCCACGCUUUACCAAAGUAAAAUCACUCUUACAAUCAUAUCUCGACACCGAGGAAGAACUAGGGGUUUCCCUCUGCGUUAACAUCGACGGUACUGAUGUGAUUGACCUCUGGGGCGGCUACGCUGACGUCGCGCGAACCAAGCCCUGGGAAAAAGACACAAUCACAUGCGUAUGGUCAAGUUCAAAACUUGUCGCCGCCCUUGCCCUUCUCCUCUGCAUCGACCGCGGACUCGUGGAUCCAAACGAAAAGAUAUCAAAGUACUGGCCCGAGUUUGCGGCAAAUGGGAAAGAAGGAGUCUUGGUGCGGCAUUUACUGAGCCAUGCGACGGGGCUGAGCGGCUGGCACGAAAACGUCACGUUUGAAGAUAUAUGUGAUUUGGAAAGGAGCACAAACCUGUUGGCCCAACAGGCGCCGUGGUGGGAGCCCGGCACUGCAAGUGGCUAUCACGCCUACACCAUGGGCCACCUCAUCGCGGGUUUGAUCCAAAAAGUCACGCACCUCCCCAUCGACGAAUUCGUUAAACGCGAAAUCACCACCCCGCUCGAUGCAGAUUUUCAGUUUGGUGCGCAGGAAAAAGACUGGGAUAGGGUAGCGGAAAUUGUGCCACCGCCGCCAAUCACGGAUCUAACCAGCGUGGCUGCGGCGAUGAAAGAUCCAAACAGCAUCGCCUUUCGGACGCUGCUCAAGAACCCUGGCAUGGACGCAACGAUGGCAAACAAAGAGUUGUGGCGGAAAUCCGUGCUACCGGCCUCAAACGGAUAUUCCAAUGCCCGCGCUCUCGUCCGCAUCCUAUCCGCUAUUUCCCUGUCUGCGCCUGAGAACCCAUCGUCGUUUUUGUCACAAGCCACCAUGGACAAGAUUUUCACCACCCAACAGCACGGCGCCGAUCUCGUCGUCAGCAUCCCGGUGCGAUUCGGUCUUGGUUUCGCACUGCCUGCUGCGGGCUCGAUGAACGAGAAUCUGCCAGAGGGCAGAGUCGCGAGUUGGGGCGGUUGGGGCGGUAGCCAGGGCAUUGCGGAUGCGGAGAGGAAGGUUACAAUUGGAUAUGUCAUGAACAAGAUGGCGAAUGCGGGGUUGGGACCAAACGAGAAGGGAGAAAAGAAGGGCAUGGGAAACUACCGGAUGAGGAAGUUGCUGGUGGCGAUUUAUGAGGCGCUCGGUGUGCGGUAG